GGCAUAAUAAUAUAAUUUAUCAAUGACCACUGACCAGUGGUUUUUAAUUAAAUUGGCAGCAGCGGCGUGUUUUAUACGGACGAACGACACGCCAGCCGAUGAUUAACCCAGCUAUAACUCGUGUUGCGCAAUUCAGAUGAUCUAUAUAGGCAGUGUGUUGCAUUCAUAUUUUGGAGUUUUGUUUCUAUAGACUAUUAAUUAUGGGUAAAACAGAUGCGCAGCGAACAAAAGAGUAUCGCGAACGAAAAAAGACGCUAAAACCAAAAAAAAUAGCAAAAAGUCGAGCGGAAAUUUGCCGAGAUUAUAAUGCACGGAAAAAAGCAUUACAAGCAGCUACCAUGGUAGAUCAGAACCAACUAAGUUUUUCUAAAACGGCACUAACGGAAACGGUACCUACUGCAGACAAUAUCAUAAAGCCAAUAUCAUUCAUUAUGCCCCGGUUAAAGAAGAGGUCAUUGGAAACCAAAGCUAGAAUAUCGCGGAUGAAACGAGCCGAAAAGCGGAGAGAACAAAUUUUGAUUUUAAAGACGCAAGCCGAAGAAAUGGAAAUUCUAUGUCGUGGUAUAAGAAGUGAAGGAGCUCUUGUUCCACCAAUCAGACAAACAGCAUCAAUAUUUAAACAGCCUGUUACUGUUCAUAAGAACCAAGAAGGAAAAGUUAAAGCUGACUUCAAACACGGAAGACAAGAAAAGCCUAGACAAGUAUUUUGGGAGAAAAGACUUGAAGGUAUUCGAGCAUCAGAGAAAGAUGGUUAUGAAUUAGGUACCGGAUGGACUGGUCUAUUGCGACCAGCUGGUCCUCAUGUUAGUGAUGAAACUCUAUUGCAGAGUGUAGCUACUGCUUUACAUGUAUGCGCUAUGCCAGUGACUGGACAACCUCCAAUGCGAUCUCAUUAUGAUAAAGAAAUUGUAUAUCGGAUUCCAGAUCAACCACUUGUCCAGGAGGUGAGUGUAACCAUCGAAGACAUUAAAAGUCAAGAAGAACGUGUUAUAGCGGCUAGAAAACGACUUCAAGAAAUAAUGGUAAAAAUCAAAUAACGAUUUUAUACAUGUUGAAAAUAAUGUAUUAGUACUUUUUUUCUCACUUUUUUAAUUUUUAUCUUUUAUGACUUAAUU